AUGGCCAGCUUGUCGCGGCUUCUAGAGCUCGACGUCUACCUGACGCGGCAAGCGCAGUCUUUAUCGCUGGGAUGGCUGGAGGUCCUGGUUUAUCCAGGCUCCCUGGCGUUCAGCUGGGAGGGCGUCGGCAUCUCUCUGACGCUCGCUGGGCUGUGCUAUGGCUUUCAGCCUCUGCGGAUGGUGCUGUUUGCCCUGUGCUACGGCCAAGUGCUCAAUCGCAUCUUGAAGCUGGUUUUUCAGCGUGAGAGACCGGUGCCUCCCGACGAUGUGAAGCGAAUGUUCCGCACCAUCAUCAUAACGGAUACACACGCGGACGGUGCCUCUUUUCCGUCGGGCGACACCAUGGCCGGGAGUGUAACAGGCGCGUCGCUGGCGCUGGCCGGCUGUGGCAGCGGCUGGUGGCUCCUGGGCCUCUAUGUUGGCUUUGGCCGUGUGUAUUUCUUGGCACACCACUGGCUGGAUGUGAUUGCUGGAUAUGCGGAGGGCUGCGCUGUGUCGCUGCUAGCAGCCAAGGUGAUCCGCAUGCACCAGGAGGGCUUCGAUGCAAGGCAGCUCAUGGGGCUGCUCGCAGCCGGCGUCGGUCUCGGCCUGGCUAUGAAGCUCACGAAGCGCAUCUACAGCGGGCCGGCGAAGCCACUUCCUGCUGCUUCUCGUUGGGAGGCCGAGGAUGAAGGCGACGCGUCAGAGAAGCGACUCGAGAUGCUCGCCGAGCUCGCCGCGUCGGGAGAGCUGCGCCUUGAAGACCUCACAGAGGAGGAGGCGGAGUCCUUCCGGGUAGCGCUGAAGAGUGGGGAUCUGGGCCGUGCCCUGGGCGCGUGGGAGCCGUGGUGGCAGAAAGCCGCCGCCGUGGACCUCCUCGCCUUAGAUGAGGACGAUGUCUCCGGCCUCGAAGGCGACGAGUCGCUGCACCAGGAUCCCCCGAGACACCUCUGCUGUUCUGCGGAUGGGAGCCGGCAGGCACACCCCUCCGUUGUCUUCACAGUGCUCGAGGCGCUUUUCGCCUACGCCCACACGCUCCGCGCCUUCAAUGGCGACUGGAGAUGGGACCCUCUGCAGGCGGCAGCGCACAUGUUCCAUCUCGGCAAAGGUAUCUGGGCCCACCAAGUGCACGAGUCAGCAACCAGCACGCUUCAAGCGCUUUGGCAGCUAGCCUCAAAGCUUCCGGGGGGCGGCUUUGGAGCGAACUUUGACCGCCAUUGCGUCGGCGACGUGGCCACCAUCCUCACCCGGGGAGUUGGCUCCUGCGCUCGGGCCCUCCGUGAAGCCACGGACCUGGCCACGGCCGCCGCAGACGCCGCGGAGGAAGGCCAAGUUCGCGGGGUGGCCCGGCUGCGACGCGGAGUCAAGAAGCUGGACUUCCUGACCUCUUUCGCCUGGCACCAUUCAGAGGCUUUGGGCGCUGACUUAGCCGCCCAGGUACAGGCCCUGGAGGAGGUGCUGCAAGGCUAUGGCCAGCGGCUGGAGGAUGUCUCCAAGAGGCAUUCAGCGAGGACUGACGGAAUAGCAUUGCCCGAAAGGUCUUGA